GCCAAUCACUCAUUUCCAAGCCUUCUGCUCUCUUAUUUAAAGUAACAUCAGCAAACACGCUCUACAGCUGUUGCGCGGCUUGGGUUACUUCUGUUCAACUUCACCUGAGGAAAUGAGUUACAAGAAUCAGGGGAUUAAUAUAAGGGUUGUCUUGAUAGGUAUGUUGUUGUGUCAGGGGUUGUCCUGGACGUACAGGGAAGAACUUGAUGAUUCUGAAAGAGAGGUCUGUUCUGAAAAUAAAAUUGCAACAACCAAGUACCCUUGCUUAAAGCCUACGGGAGAACUCACCACAUGCUAUAGGAAAAAAUGCUGUGAAGGUUUUAAAUUUGUGCUGGGACAAUGCAUUCCAGAAGACUAUGAUGUGUGUGCAGGAGCACCCUGUGAGCAGCAGUGCACCGAUCAUUUUGGUCGAGUGCUUUGUACCUGCUACGCUGGGUACCGUUACGACAGAGAGAGGCACAGAAACAGAGAGAAGCCUUAUUGCCUUGACAUUGAUGAAUGCGCCAAUAAAAAUGAAACAAUUUGCUCCCAGAUCUGUAUCAACACUCCAGGGAGCUACAGAUGUGAAUGUGAGAAAGGCUACUUUUUAGAAGAUGAUGGAAAAACCUGCACAAAAGGGGAAAGAGCUGGUCACUUUCAGAAGUCAGAUAAUGUGAUGAAAGCCGGAACAUGUUCAGCUACGUGUGAGGACUUUCAUCAGAUAAAGAUGACGGUAUUACAGCUCAAACAAAAGAUUGCCUUGUUGCCCAAUAGUGCAGAAGUUAACAAACAGAUAACCCGUGAAAAACUGCCACACUCAUACUUACCUGGACCCCCUGGCCAGCCAGGCCCAGCUGGACCUCCUGGACCAAAGGGAUCUUCUGGACAGGCUGGACCCCCAGGGCCUUCAGGCCUGCCUGGACCCAGAGGGAUGAUGGGACCAAUUGGACCCUCUGCUGAUUUGUCUCUCAUCAAACAUGGAAGGCGAGGCCCCGUGGGUCCACCAGGAGCUCCUGGAAGAGAUGGCGCAAAGGGAGAGAGAGGUGCUCAGGGACCAGCAGGACCCCCUGGCCCACCAGGAUCCUUUGAUUUCUUGCUGUUGAUGAUGGCAGACAUCAGAAAUGACAUUGCAGAACUCCAAAGCAAAGUGUUUGGUCACAGAACCCAUUCUUCUGGAGAAGAGUUCCCAAUGCCUUCUGACACCUGGAAAGAAACCCAGGAAACAGUGGAUCUGGGUUCAGGAGAGGAUUUUCGGCAAAGAGGGACAUCGAAAAAUGUCCGGAAAAGAAAACCCACUAGAGCUUUACAUUAGUAAUAAAUUAAAAAUAAAAGACAUUAAAUAUCCAUCUGUAGACAUGCAGGAAAAAAAUAUUCUGGUGUAAAUAUCAAAAUAAUCUUACAUUUUAUAGAAUAGCUUACAACAAUAAUUUGGUUUCUUUCUUGAAAUCUUUAUUUUUGUAAUAUAUGUAUAUAAAUAUAUUCCAGAUGCUAUUUUUCUGAAGCUAUUUUUGGGCACAUGAUUAAAUUGUUUUUGGAA